AUGUCAGUGAAUAAGAGUGUGACUGAAUUCAUUCUCUCUGGCUUGACACAGGAUGCAGGGAAGCAGAAAGUGAUAUUUGGAGUCUUCUUGAUCCUAUACCUUGCAACACUGUUGGGGAACUUUCUUAUUGUAGUGACUAUUAAGACAAGCAAGACACUUGGGAGUCCCAUGUAUUUCUUCCUGUUCUAUCUGUCCUUUGCUGAUGCCUGCUUCUCUACAACCACAGCCCCCAGGUUAAUUGUGGAUGUCCUUUCUCAGAAGAAAACCAUUUCCUACAAUGAGUGCAUGACCCAGGUCUUUGCAGCCCAUUUCUUUGGAUGCAUGGAGAUCUUUGUGCUCAUCCUCAUGGCCUUUGAUCGCUACAUGGCGAUCUGUAAACCCUUGCGAUAUACAACCAUCAUGAGCCGGCACCUCUGUGGUGUGCUGGUGAUUCUAGCCUGGGUGGGGUCUUGUAUUCACUCAUCAGCACAGACUUUCCUGGUUUUGAGGCUGCCCUUCUGUGGCCCCAAUGUGAUUGACCACUAUUUCUGUGACUUGCAGCCCUUGUUGAAACUUGCCUGCAUGGACACUUCUGUGAUAAAUUUGCUUGUUGUUUCUAACAGUGGGGCCAUAUGUAUGGUGAGUUUCAUAAUCCUGUUUAUCUCCUAUGUUGUCAUCUUACACUCCCUAAGAAACCACAGCGCAGAAGGACAGCGAAAAGCCCUUUCUACAUGCACCUCCCACUUCACUGUGGUUGUCAUAUUUUUUGGCCCAUGUAUAUUCAUAUACACACGCCCACCAACCACAUUUCCAAUAGACAAGAUGGUGGCUGUGUUUUAUACAAUUGGGACACCCUUACUUAACCCGCUGAUCUAUACACUACGGAAUGAAGAAGUGAAAAAUGCCAUGAAAAUGUUAUGGUGUAGCAAAGCAUGA